AUGGUGAAGACUGUGAGAAUCGAUACAUGUACAGUAACUAACUGUAUAGGUAACUGUAACAUAAAUACAGGAGAGUGUUCUGAAUGUAAACCAGGUUUCUAUGGUACAAACUGUCAACAGAUAUGUGCAGUUGAUAACUGUAUAGGUAACUGUAACAUAAAUACAGGAGAGUGUUUUGAAUGUAAACCAGGUUUCUAUGGUACAACAUGUCAACAGACAUGUGCAGCUGAUAACUGUAUAGAUAACUGUAACAUAAAUACAGGAGAGUGUUCUGAAUGUAAACCAGGUUUCUAUGGUACAAACUGUCAACAGACAUGUGCAGUUGAUAACUGUAUAGGUAACUGUAACAUAAAUACAGGAGAGUGUUUUGAAUGUAAACCAGGUUUUUAUGGUACAAACUGUCAACAUAGAUGUAGUAAUGGUUGUACAAACAAUAACUGUAAUAAAGAUAAUGGUACCUGUACAUGUAAAUCAGGUUUUACUGGAGAUAUAUGUGAGAAUUGUCAACAAGGUAAAUAUGGUGAUGACUGUCAACAGAACUGUAGUAAUGGAUGUGUAGAUCAUACCUGUUCUAAAUCAGAUGGAACUUGUCCUGUCUGUACGUCUGGUUGGUUUGAUGCAAGAUGCAAUUCAUCAUGUGAUAUAACUAACUGUGUAGGCAACUGUAACAAGACUACAGGACAAUGUAGAGCAUGCUAUCCAGGUUGGUACGGUCAAAACUGUGCUUUUAUGUGUUUUUUUUUCAAAUAA